AUGGCGUCAAAUUCUCACAUACUCUUCUUCCCCUUCAUGGCUCAAGGCCACACCAUCCCCCUACUUGACCUUGCAAAACUGCUUUCUCAUCGAGGCUUCAAAGUAACAAUCCUCACUACUCCCUCAAAUACCUCUACUAUCAGUUCAUACAUUUCUCAAUUCUCAAAUAUCCAUCUUAAAGUAAUUGCAUUCCCUCAAGUCCAAGGCCUCCCCAACGGCUAUGAAAACAUGUCCCAACUCUCACGCGAUCAACUCCUUCCAUUCUUUACAGCAACGAAACAACUUCAACAACAGUUUGAGAAAACCUUAGAAGAAAUGUCCAAAGUCCAAGACCUUCCAGUUUGUGUUAUUUCUGAUACAUUUUUAGGUUGGACAAACCCGUCGUGUCGCGUUUUUCGUAUUCCCCGGUUGGUGUUUCAUGGUAUGGGAGUGCUUCCGAUGGCCGUAAAGAAAUCUUUGGUCAUUCACCAAACAUACAACGAAGUAGACACUGAUACAGAACCGUUGGUUGUGAAAGGAGUGCAACUUGGCUUCACACUCACAAGAGCUGAUUUGCCAAAUUCAAUAAGGGAGAGGGAAUCUAGUGUUUCUCAAUUCUUUCUAGACUCUGAAACAUAUGAUAUAGGAAGUUGGGGUGUGAUUGCCAAUAGCUUUGUUGAGCUAGAAAAGGACCAUGUUGCUUCAUUGGAAUCCUUGUAUGGAAAUAACACAAGGGUUUGGUGUGUUGGCCCUUUAUUUUUGUAUGAUCAAAUUGAGGGAGUGAGAAACGGGCCAAAUGGCCCAAACCCAUCUACAAAAUGGGCCGAAUGGUUAAACCAACAAGAGAGAGAAAAGUCAGUCAUAUAUGUGUCAUUUGGAUCACAAUCCAAUUUGUCAGAGGAUCAACUGGAUGAAUUGGCAUAUGGGUUGGAAUUAUCAGGACAUGAUUACUUCUGGAUCGUCCGUUCAAAGACUUGGAAUCCACCUUGUGAUGGUAGAGGACUGAUUGUGAGAGAAUGGGUGGAUCAAAGGUGGAUCUUGGCCCAUGAAGCAAUUGGUGGGUUCUUGAGCCACUGUGGUUGGAACUCAGUGUUGGAAAGCUUGUCAGAGGGAGUUCCAAUUUUGGCGUGGCCCAUGUUUGCUGAGCAACACUUAAAUGCCAAGUACUUGGUGGAGGAACUCGAGGUGGGACUCCAAGUUCCAAACUUGAAUAGGGCCAUGAAGAUUGUGAGUCGCGAAGCAAUAUGUGAAGGAGUGAAAGAGUUGAUGGGAGGAGAAAAGGGAUUCAAAGCAAGAGAGAAUGUAGUUGAGCUUGGGAGAAUGGCAAAAAGAUCAGUUCAGGUCGGUGGGUCUUCUUAUAAUAACCUUAAUGAGCUUGUUAACCAAAUAAGUCAUGUAAGUGCUCUUGCGACAACAAUGUAA